AUUCCACGGACUAACAAGACGACGUCAUUCGGAGUGCUUUGGCAGUAUCAAGCAGACGACACGAAGCAAAGUAAGGUUAAGUCGACCGAAAGUUUUUUGAUAUUAAAAGAGUAAACGAGAUAGAGAGUGAGAGAGAUAGAGAGAGAGAAAUGGCAAGAUUGUUUACAAGAAUAAUUAAGCAUUCUUUUGAAAAAGUGACUUCACAUAAGACUCAAUUAUUCACAAUUCCUAUAUCAACUUCGUUUCAAUCUACUUCACGUAAUAUAACUACAACUCAACGAUUAAGAACGGAAAGAUGGUAUACGAAUACACAUGAAUGGAUCAAAGUAGAUAAUAAUGUAGGAACAGUUGGUAUAUCUGAUCAUGCACAAGAUGCACUAGGUGACGUAGUGUAUGCUCAACUUCCAGACGUUGGAUCUACCUUUAAAAAAGAUGAGGAAUGUGGUGCAUUGGAAUCCGUAAAAGCUGCAUCCGUAUUAAUAAAUCCUGUCAGUGGAACAAUAAUAGAAAAAAAUGAUGCAUUGGAAAGUAAACCAGGAUUGAUUAAUUCAUCUUGUUAUAAUGAAGGAUGGUUGUAUAAAGUACAACUAAGCCAUCCUGAGGAAAUCAAGGCUCUUAUGAAUGAAAAAGCUUAUGAAUUAUUUUUGAAGUCUGGCUCCCAUGAAAGUGAAAAUCCUUAAAACGGUACUUGUUUGAUACGUGAUCAAAGGGGAGUUUCAGGAGGCAAUCCUAUCGAUAGCCAGCUAAUUACGAGCAAGGAUAAUUGUUGUUCACAAUGCCACAUCCGAACUUGAAAUUUAGCACGCAUAUCAUUCGACGGCUUGGGUACCACAGGCGUCAAAAGACAACCUUCACAGCACUGAAAAAUUUCUUACUAUUAACUAAAGAAUAAUAUAAUCUUAAUGAAAAAUUACUACCUUCGAUCUUUAUCUUAAUAUUAGGUUAAAUAUUUAUCUAUUCAACAACUGUGAUAAGAGAAUAUGGAUGUGUGUUUGUGUCUGUGUUUUUAUUUUAUAUAUUAAAUCAAUAUCAAUAUAUAUAUUUAUAUACUUA